AUGGGGACAUGGGCUUCGCUGGAGGCGCUGUGGGAGCUGCCAGCGGAGAAGCGCAUCUUCGGUGCCGUGGUGCUCUUCUCUUGGGCCCUGUAUCUCUGGGAGACCUUCCUGGCGCUGCGGCAGAGAAGGAUAUAUAAAACAACAACUCAUGUGCCACCAAAAUUAGAACAGAUUAUGGAUUCAGAAACAUUUGAGAAAUCUCGACUGUAUCAGCUGGAUAAAAGUACUUUCAGUUUCUGGUCUAGAUUCUAUUCAGAGAUGGAAGACACGCUUAUUCUUCUCUUUGGAGGAAUCCCUUAUCUCUGGAGACUUUCUGGACGGUUCUGUGGCUAUGCUGGCUUUGGAUCGGACUAUGAGAUCACUCAGUCCUUGAUGUUUCUGCUGUUGGCUACACUUUUCAGUGCACUGACUGGCUUGCCAUGGAGUCUUUAUAAUAUUUUCGUUAUAGAAGAAAGACAUGGUUUCAAUCAACAGACAUUGGAAUUCUUCAUGAAAGACGCAGUCAAGAAAUUUGUUGUAACCCAGUGUAUUUUAUUGCCUGUGUCUUUACCUUUACUGUACAUUAUUAAAAUCGGUGGUGACUAUUUUUUUAUUUAUGCUUGGCUGUUCACAUUAGUAGUUUCUCUGGUGCUUGUCACAAUCUAUGCUGAUUGCACUGCUCCUUUAUUUGGCAAAUUCACACCUCUGCCUGAGGGAAAGCUUAAACAGGAAAUUGAAAUAAUGGCUAAAAACAUUGACUUUCCUUUGACCAAAGUGUAUCUUGUUGAAGGAUCUAAGCGCUCUUCCCACAACAAUGCUUAUUUUUAUGGCUUCUUCAAGAACAAACGAAGUUUUGACACUCUACUAGAAGAGUACUCGGUACUAAACAAAGACAUCAAGGAGGAGUUGGCUGUCAAGACCCACAAUGAUGGAGACGACAGUGAAGAAAUUAAAGCUAAAAUUAAAAAUAAGAAACGAGGAUGCAACAAUGAGGAAGUGCUUGCUGUGCUGGGUCAUGAGUUGGGGCACUGGAAGUUGGGACACACAGUCAAAAAUAUCAUUAUUAGCCAGAUGAAUUCUUUCCUGUGUUUUUUCUUGUUUGCUGUAUUAAUCGGUCGAAAGGAGCUUUUUGCUGCAUUUGGUUUUUAUGACAGUCAGCCGACUGUAAUUGGUCUCUUGAUCAUCUUCGGGAUUAUUUUUUCACCUUACAAUGAGGUUCUUUCUUUUAGCCUAACAGUCUUGAGCCGCAGAUUUGAGUUUCAAGCAGAUGCGUUUGCCAAGAAACUUGGGAAGGCCAAAGACUUGUAUUCUGCUUUAAUCAAACUGAACAAAGACAAUCUGGGAUUCCCCGUUUCUGACUGGCUCUUUUCAAUGUGGCAUUAUUCUCAUCCUCCACUACUUGAGAGACUUCAAGCUUCUAAAGAAGAGUGAUUUGCCCAGGGUCUGCAGCCAAAGACAUUGGUAUUAUCUGUGUCCUGGCAGCAUGUUCCUGCUCUUGAUGUUUUUAAACUUUUUUUUUUAAAGAAAAAUUAAGUACAGAAAAGUCCAGAUUUAAGUACAUUUAAUAUCUCAUUUCAAAAAUGAUUUUAAUGGUGCAUUUCUUAAAGAAACAUUAGAUGAAAUUUUGGGGCUUAAUGUUUUUAAAGGCAUAGUUUUAUCUUUAACAUCUGGUUUAACAUCAACUUGGAAAGUGUCUUGAGAAAGUACAAGACUUUUCGUUAAUUCCACACUUAUAUGGAGUCCAUAUAUGAGGUGUUGGAGGGCAUAUAUUUAAAAGUUUUGUGUCAAGAUUGUGACCCCAGGCCUUUGUACUCAUACUCAGGAUGAGACUUGUUUUCCUGUGCUGUCCUGGUGUAACUUGGCCAAUCAGUGUUUUAAAGGAGGAUAGAAUGGAAUAAUUUGCAAAGGCUAAUCUGAUUUCAGUGGAAAACAU